CGCGAGCGCGUGUGCGCCUCGCAGAUUCCUCCUGCGGCCGCGCGUCCUCCGCCUCCCGAGCAGGGAGCGGGCGCAUGAUGGCGGCGGCGGCGGCGGCGGCGGCGGCGGCGGGGAGCGCCAGGAGCGCCAGCAGCGGCGGCAGCGGCGGCGGCGGCAGCAGCAGCAGCAGCGACACGUCCAGCACCGGCGAGGAGGAGAGGAUGCGGCGCCUCUUCCAGACGUGCGACGGCGACGGCGACGGCUACAUUAGCAGAAAUGACUUGUUGAUGGUCUGUCGCCAAUUGAAUAUGGAAGAGUCUGUGGCUGAGAUCAUGAACCAACUGGGCGCUGAUGAAAAUGGGAAGAUUUCCUUUCAGGAUUUUACAAGGUGCCGCAUGCAGCUCGUCAGAGAAAUUAGGAAGGAGGAAGUAGGCCUUUCUGAGAAGUCAGACAAUUCCUGUAAAAAGAAGAAGCUGAGGGACAGAAUUGCUUCCUGGCCCACGAGCAGUGACAACAGUUUGGGUGCCUUAUCAGCGGCCAGGGAAAGCUGGGAAUACGACUCGGGAGCCAGGGACCUCCAGAGCCCGGACUUGCAGAGUCAGUCAGCCCUACAGAAGCUUCUUGAGUAUGGGGGAAGCUCUUUGCAUCAGCAGGCUGCUCCUCUCCACAAGCUGCUCACACAGUCCCCGCGUUGUGGCGACUCUGUAGGAGGAAGCUAUCUAGAGCUGGCCAACACGCUUCACUUGGCAGCCCUGGCAUCACUCAAGGGAGAUAUAGUGGAGCUUAAUAAACGUCUGCAGCAAACGGAGCGGGAACGGGACCUUCUGGAGAAGAAAUUGGCCAAGGCACAGUGUGAGCAGUCCCACCUCAUGAGAGAGCAUGAGGACGUCCAGGAGCGAACGACGCUUCGGUACGAGGAACGCAUCACCGAACUCCACAGUAUCAUCGCUGAGCUCAAUAAGAAGAUAGACCGUUUGCAAGGCACCACCAUCAGGGAGGAGGAUGAGUACUCAGAACUGCGAUCGGAACUCAGCCAGAGCCAGCACGAGGCCAACGAGGACUCCCGCAGUGUGGACCAAGACCAGACCUCUGUCUCCAUCCCUGAAAACCAGUCCACCAUGGUCACUGCGGACGUGGAUAACUGCAGCGACCUGAACUCGGAACUGCAGAGGGUGCUGACGGGGCUGGAGAACGUGGUCUGCUGCAGGAAGAAGAGCAGCUGCAGCCUCUCGGUGGCAGAGGUGGACAGACACAUCGAGCAGCUCACCACUGCCAGUGAGCACUGUGACCUGGCUAUUAAGACAGUGGAGGAGAUCGAAGGGGUCCUUGGCCGGGACCUGUAUCCCAACCUUGCUGAAGAGCGGUCUCGAUGGGAGAAGGAGCUGGCUGGGCUGAGGGAAGAGAACGAGAGCCUGACUGCCAUGCUGUGCAGCAAAGAGGAGGAGCUGAACAGGACCAAGGCCACCAUGAACGCCAUCCGGGAGGAGCGGGACCGGCUGCGGAGGAGGGUUCGAGAGCUUCAAACUAGACUGCAGAGCGUGCAGGCCACAGGGCCCUCCAGCCCUGGCCGCCUCGCUUCCGCCAGUCGCCCUGUUAACCCCAGCACCGGAGAGCUCAGCACGAGCAGCAGUAGCAACGACGUCCCCAUCGCCAAGAUUGCUGAGAGAGUGAAGCUAUCAAAGACCAGGUCCGAAUCUUCAUCAUCUGAUCGGCCAGUCCUGGGCUCAGAAAUCAGCAGCAUAGGGGUAUCCAGCAGUGUGGCGGAGCAUCUGGCCCACUCUCUUCAGGACUGCUCCAACAUCCAAGAGAUCUUCCAGACACUCUACUCCCAUGGAUCUGCCAUCUCGGAAAGCAAAAUUAGGGAGUUUGAGGUGGAAACGGAACGGUUGAAUAGCCGUAUCGAACACCUCAAAUCCCAAAAUGACCUUCUGACCAUAACCCUGGAAGAAUGCAAAAGCAAUGCUGAGAGAAUGAGCAUGCUGGUGGGGAAAUACGAAUCCAAUGCCACCGCGCUGAGGCUGGCCCUACAGUACAGUGAGCAGUGCAUCGAAGCCUAUGAACUCCUCCUGGCGCUGGCCGAGAGCGAGCAGAGCCUCAUCCUGGGGCAGUUCCGCGCGGCUGGUGUGGGGUCGUCUCCUGGAGACCCGUCAGGGGAUGAAAACAUCACUCAGAUGCUCAAGCGAGCUCACGACUGCCGGAAGACAGCCGAGAACGCCGCCAAGGCCCUGCUCAUGAAGCUGGACGGCAGCUGUGGGGGAGCCUUUGCUGUGGCCGGCUGCAGUGUGCAGCCUUGGGAGAGCCUGUCUUCUAACAGCCACACCAGCACAACCAGCUCCACGGCCAGUAGCUGCGACACGGAGUUCACUAAGGAAGACGAACAGAGGCUGAAGGAUUAUAUCCAGCAGCUCAGGAAUGACAGGGCCGCGGUCAAGCUGACCAUGCUGGAGCUGGAAAGCAUCCACAUCGAUCCCCUCAGCUACGACGUCAAGCCCCGGGGAGACAGCCAGCGGCUGGACCUCGAAAACGCGGUGCUGAUGCAGGAGCUGAUGGCCAUGAAGGAGGAGAUGGCGGAGUUGAAGGCCCAGCUCUACCUCCUGGAGAAGGAGAAGAAGGCCCUGGAGCUGAAGCUGAGCACGCGGGAGGCCCAGGAGCAGGCCUACCUGGUGCACAUCGAGCACCUGAAGUCCGAGGUGGAGGAGCAAAAGGAGCAGCGCACGCGGUCCCUCAGCUCCACCAGCAGCGGCGGCGGCGGCAAGGACAAGGCCGGCAAGGAGUCUGCGGACGCUGCCUCGCCAGCUCUGUCUCUGGCUGAACUGAGGACGGCGUGCAGCGACAGCGAGCUGGCCGCGGAGUUCGCCAACGCCAUCCGUCGAGAAAAGAAGUUAAAGGCCAGAGUUCAAGAGUUGGUGAGUGCCUUGGAAAGACUCACCAAGAGCAGUGAAAUCCGACACCAGCAAUCAGCGGAGUUCGUUAAUGACCUGAAGCGAGCCAACAGCAACCUGGUGGCUGCCUAUGAGAAAGCAAAGAAGAAGCAUCAAAACAAACUGAAGAAGCUGGAGUCUCAGAUGAUGGCCAUGGUGGAGAGACAUGAGACCCAAGUGAGGAUGCUCAAGCAAAGAAUAGCUCUGCUGGAGGAGGAGAACUCAAGGCCUCACACCAAUGAAACUUCACUUUAAUCGGCACUCAGGCUCCACAGUUCUGUCCGCGGAGGCUGAAGUCUAGCAGGUCACUGAGGAGAGAGGGGCCCCAGAGGACAGAGUAACCUGUUGGGAGAAGGAGAGAAGGGAAGGUUGGCAGGUAGGUCAGCACUUGGACAAUGGAGUGCCCUGGACUCAGCCCUGGGGCGAGUGGCCCUGGGACGCGGUGUAGACUGUAUCCAGAGGAUCCCGCGCCUCCCCUCCUGGGCUGUGGACGGCGUGGGAACCCCUGCCGUGUGUGCCGGCUCCGCAGGUCUUGCUUCUGCUUUCAGCACUGGCUCUAUCACUCUCCCACCUUUCUGUUCUGGAACUUGUGCAUUGGUGGUAUAAUCCAGGCAUCAUCUGUUCAAGAUUUUCCAUUCUUUUUUUCUCUUUUUGGUAGACAGCAACCUUAUCUCUGACAUCCCUAAUUUCUCCUCCUUCCUUCUCCUUCAGGGGAAAA